UUCUCUCCUUUUGUUUUCUGGUCUCAAUCAUGCCAAAGACAAAGGUGAAACUCGCCUUCAUAACAAAUGAUGCCGCAAGGAAGGCAACAUACAAGCAAAGGAAGAAGGGAAUUCUGAAAAAGAUUGAGGAACUUAGUACCUACUGUGGUAUUGAAUCAUGUGCUAUAAUUUAUGGCCCCUUUGUAGAGGCGCCAGAGAUUUGGCCAUCUGAAUCAGGUGUUCAGAAUGUUCUGGGGAAAUUCAGGACUAUGACUGAAUGGGAACAAAACAGGAAGAUGCUGGACCAAGAGGGUUUCAUUGAACAAAACAUUGUAAAGGGAAGAGAGAAGGUGAAGAAACUUGCCAAGGAGAAUAAGGAAAAGGAGAUGAACAUGUUGAUGCAUCAGUGCCUUAAAUCUGGGAAGAUUGAUCCUGAUAAUUACAUGAUGGCAACUGAUUUUGUUAAUCUUUCAGCAGUGAUUGACAAGAAGCUGAAGGAGAUUAAUAGAAAGUUGGAAACAUUGAAUGUUAAUGAGAUGCCACCACACCAACCCAAGAUGCAAGCAACAACAAACCAUCCUCAUCCCCAGACUGAAGCAACAUCAAAACAACACCAGACACAAGAACCAACACAAACAGUGAAGCCUGAAGAAAUGACUCCACUGAAUUAUGACCAAGAACCAGAUUUGAUCCCUAACCCUAUGCAACGUCAAUUGUUAAUGGAGAACUUCAUUAUUGGUAAUGAGAAAGAGACAUCAUUGCCUCCAUUUAGAGAUGCUAAAGUCCCUCUCUAAAGGGGCAUUUAGACUAAUAUAUAUGAUAUUGUUUUGAGAUUUUUAUU